AUGGCAUCAACGACAACCGCAGCUCAAGUAGCCAACAUAGCCGAGUCCGUCAUGGGAGGCAUGUUCAUCGAAACAUUCAUUGCAUGCCUGCUCUACGGCAUCACCACCCUGCAGACCGCCUAUUACUUUCAAACAUACUCGGAUGACGAGACCUUCAUCAAGUGUCUCGUGGCGAUCAUCUGGAUGCUGGAGACUGCCCACACGGCCUUCUGCGUCGAGUUCGUCUACGAGUACCUCAUUGAAGACUUUGGCAACUUCUUCACCUUUAUGACCAUCAAGUGGGGCGUAGGGGCCACGGUCAUCUGCAGCGUUGGCAUCGCCACCUGCGUUCAAGGAUACUAUGUAUGGCGGGUGUGGGUCUUGAGCGGGAGGUCUAGGAUAUGGGCUGGACUGGUGGGUGCCCUCAUAGUGACCCGCGUUGUAUUUGGAAUUGCUUCUGCAGUCCUGUGCUACACCUGUCCAUCAUGGCCGGUUCUCCGAAGCAAGCGGUUUUCUCUCGUCACCGUCAGCGGAGGACUUGGGGCUGCCGCUCUCGCUGAUGUCGUCGUUGCCGUACUCUUGAGCUUCUAUCUCAAGCGAGGACGGCAUUCCGCCCCUCGGUCGCAGCAGUCCGAUUCCACCAUCAACCGGAUCCUCCUCUAUUCAGUCAACACCGGCGCGGUCACCUGCUCAGCCUCGCUGCUCUGCGUGAUCCUCUUUGCCGUGCAGACGAACAGCCUCAACUUCUUAGGCCUGGUGGAGAUCCAAGCCAAGCUGUACGCGAACUCUUUCCUGGGCUCGCUGAACGCGCGGAUGCUGCUGCGCGACACGCGCAUCAGGCAGCCCCUGUACUCCCAAGGCGAUGGCUCAGUUCGGCUACGCACGCCCGUGAUUGCAGUCUACCAACAGACAAUAUCCCGUACGGACCGCUCGGUGUCGAAGGGGUCUUCUGACUUUCGUCGUUCGGCCGACUUGAAAGAGCUGGAGUCACCGGCCUGA